CCUAGUUCUGCAUACAGCAGGCUGGGCUCGUGUUCGGCUACCUCUGCUUUUAACUCAGUGCUGCCGCACCAUGUCUUCUCACAAACAUUUGGUUGCACCCCCUGCACCUUUGCUGCAGCCACUAUCUGUCCCAGACAGGCUAUUGCUAGGACCUGGGCCUUCCAAUCCUCCUCCUCGGAUCUUGUCUGCAGGUGGUCGACAGAUCAUUGGACAUGUCCAUAAAGAGAUGAUCCAGAUAAUGGCUGAUAUCAAGCUGGGAAUCCAGUAUGCAUUCCAGACACAGAACCCACUCACGCUGGCUGUCAGUGGCACAGGCCACUGUGCCAUGGAAGCAGCCAUCCUGAACAUCGUGGAGCAGGGAGACAAAGUGUUGGUAACAGUGAAUGGAUUUUGGGGUGAACGAGCAACUGACAUUGCCAAGAGGCUCGGAGCUGAAGUUCACCAGCUAGUAAAGGCCCUGGGAGAGUAUUUUACUCUAGAAGAAAUAGAAAAGGGUUUGGUGCAGCACACUCCUGUUUUGCUUUUCAUUACACAUGGAGAAUCAUCCACUGGAGUGCUUCAGCCAUUGGAUGGCCUUGGAGAUCUCUGUCACAGGUAUAAUUGCUUGCUGCUGGUGGAUGCUGUGGCAUCACUCGGAGGCGCACCACUUCUCAUGGACCAGCAAGAUAUUGAUAUUCUCUACUCUGGUUCCCAGAAAGUCUUAAGUGCGCCACCUGGCGCUUCUCCUAUCUCUUUCAGCAAGAGAGCCAGGAAUAAGAUUUAUGGUAGGAAGACAAAACCAGUUUCCUUCUAUCUGGACAUGGAAGAGCUGGCUAAGUACUGGGGCUGUGAUGACAAUCUAAUAAGAUAUCACCAUACUGCACCUAUCAACACAUUCUUCUGUCUGCGAGAAGCUUUGGCAAUAUUUGCAGAAAAGGGGCUGGAGAAUUCCUGGAAGCUUCACAAGGAAAACAGUCUAUACCUGUGCACAGGACUGCAGAAGCUAGGUCUCCAACUCUUUGUGAAGGAACCGGACGCAAGGCUUCCAACAGUCAACACUGUCUUUGUGCCUGAGGGAUACGACUGGAAAGAUAUCACUGAAUAUAUUAUGAAAAACCAUAGGAUUGAGAUUUCAGGAGGCCUGGGUGCUUCAGCAGGCAAGGUUCUUCGAAUAGGUCUGAUGGGGUACAACUCCACUAAAUUCAAUGUUGACAGAGUUCUCCAUGCUCUCGAAGAUGCUCUCCAACACUGUCUCAAGAACAAGCUGUGAGAUCCUACUCAUUGUUCAGAUAAUUUUGUUCAUGUCUAUGCUCUCACUCCUGCUACAGUUCAAUUGAGCAUCACCCUUCAUGGUGCACAAGGCAAGAAUGGCUUUUACACCGUGGAAAAAUAGUCAGUGAAGCUGAAUACGCACGCUUCGCAAGAUAACGGAAGGCCCUUCACAAUAACUUUCUCUCCAAGCCCAUUUUCUUCCUGCAACUGAAGUUAUAUAAUUACACAGUUCACAUAGGAGUAAACUUUGUUUUCAUUGCAUAUUAUUCUGUGAAUAUGAACAGAACUACAUGCAAGUUGUUCCUUCAAGUGGGGGCGGGGGGGAGGAAAAUAUUUGUCAACUGUUGCUCUUUGUUGUUCUUUUUGCCUUGUUCUUCAAGCCACUAGCUCUGUUCUGCAUUGCCCCAGCUAGCAUGGAUGCACACUCACAUUUGGUUUGAGAGAUGAUGAAUGGAAAUUCCACAUAUACAAACUGGCUAUCUUUCCUACUACAGCUUCUAUGUCUAGUUGUGCUAUUGGUUCUCUGAAGAUGGAGGCCAGAGCGUGAAUGGCCAUACUCAACAACUGGCUCAAACUCCCCUUAGCCCACUGAGUCUAGCUCCCCUAGCCUUACAGGACAGUUUCCAUUCUAACUGGGAGUGGACACUCCGGUUAAAAAAUGUCAUACUGGGGCCUCUCCCCCAACCCCCACUUGCCAUGGGCUAUGAUUAGGCAAAGUCACUUAUCAAGCAGCAUAGCUAUAGGCAUAGAAUGCCAAACUGAUCUCGACAGGGCCCCGAACUUCCACUCCAAUGAAAGAUUCAGAUAAUCUCCAUCCCCCGCUGCUUAUCUAACACAGCUGAAAGGGCAAAACAAAGGAGGGCCUUCACCCUGGCCCAAUGCCACGCUCUCCCCUCCGCCGUCCGAGAAGGCAACUCCCCUGCUAACUUGGCAAAGAGGCACCUUUUAACAUGGUGAUUCUCUUUAUUUAGCGGGGGAGAGUAACUGGCCCAUCCACCCCCAACACAGUAUCUCCAGUGACUGUUGCUGGUGUUGUAUCUUGUGUUUCUUUUUAGAUUGUGAGCCCUUUGGGGAUAGGGAGCCAUCAUUUAUUUUUCUCUGUGUAAACUGCCCUGAGCCAUUUUUAGAAGGGUGGUAUAAAAACUAGCUAGCUGUCAGGACCUGGUAGGUUCAACAUGCUAGCUAGCUAGCUAACUAAACUAACUCAACUAAACUAAAUAGAAAGACCCCACUCUUGGGAGUGCCUGUGCUCCUGCAACUCUGGGCUGAAAAAACAGCACACAACCUGAAAUAACAGGUUGAAACAACAGCACACAUCAUCCUCUUGUGAAAACAUUCUUGUGAAACAUUCACUCCAAUCUCAUUCUUCUGGCUACUACUCAAGAGUCCUGGAUAUUUAACCCAAUUCUACACCUCUCUGAUGUGGAAUCCACCAUCACACAUAAUGUUGCCAAGUUCUGCAUGGCAGCGUGUUGAACCUACCAGGUCCUGACAGGCAGCAGGUCCUGAACAGGAUGGUCACAGCAAACUACAUCACAGCCCAGCAACCGUGCAUCCUCUUCACCAUACUAUAGCUUUCAAAAUCAUGCUACGCAAAAAGUUUACAAAUCCAGUGUAUAGCUUUCAUAUUUUAGUGGGGUUUUUUAAAAACAGUUUUACUGCUAUUUUAGCACUUUAGUUUUUAGAUAGCCAUAUUGAUUUUUAUAGCCUCUUCUAUGGUUUUAGCUACAUACAGGUGAAACUCAGAAAAUUAGAAUA